UGUCGCCUCCGAUCGUCUCGCACGUGCUACCCGACUCCAGACUCUCGCCAGUCUCUCGCUGUCUUAUUUCAAUCUCGGUCUUCGCCCGAUUCGCACAUACAUUCGCCGGGUAAACCCUCUCCUCUCACUUAAACUUACGUUUUCUCUCCUUCUCCUUUGCGCCGAUAUCGAGCCUCCUAAGAAACCGAACCAAGAAACUUUUCGGGGUUAGAAUUCCCGUCGUUCCCUUGACGACGACGACGGCGGAUUGUGUCUUUAGAUCGACGGCGUCGGAGUGCACUUGCUUAUUUUUCCGCUAAUUUAUCAGUUGGUUUAUCCUGGAAUAGUGUCCGGCAUGGCGUCAGCGGCUGGCAAGACCGUGCUCUAUUCCUACUGGAGAAGUUCGUGCUCUUGGAGAGUUAGAAUAGCUCUAAAUCUAAAAGAAAUACCCUAUGAAAUCAAGCCGGUAUCCCUUAUCAAAGCUGGCGGUGAACAACAUUCCAACGAGUACCGGGAGGUGAAUCCUAUGGAACAAGUACCGGCCUUAUUUAUAGAUGGUGUCACUCUCAUCGAAUCUAAUAGUAUAAUGCAUUAUUUGGAAGAGACCAGAACGCACAGCAGACCACUAUUGCCAGGAGACAUUGUUAAAAGAGCUAAAUAUUUUCUAGGAUCAUGCGCUGGAAAAUAUUGUGUCGGAGACGAAAUAACACUAGCCGACUGCUGCCUAAUCCCUCAAGUCUUUAACGCGAGAAGAUUUCACGUAGAUCUAAGGCCGUUCCCCAUUAUCCUGCGAAUCGAUAGAGAGCUGGAGACUCACCCUGCCUUCCUAGCGGCCCAUCCGAGCAAUCAGCCCGACUGUCCUCCGGAAGCUCACAAAUGAAAUGUUUAAGUCUGAAAUUUAUUUUAAUUGACGAUUUUUAAAGCGUGUUGAAUUAAUAUAAGAUAAUUUUUAUGAAGCGUGAAGUUUAACAAUAUUCAUAUAAGUUUAUAGGUGUAAGGUUUGCAUUGUUUGAGUAAGUUUUGAUAUGACCAUAAUCUGCGGUUAUACUAAGUUACCAAAUAAAAUAAAUAUAUUUUUUAUCAAGUUAA